UCGCGUCCAUCAGCCGCUCAUUUGUAAUAGAGAAGAUGAAAAGGGAGAAGGUUGAGCGUGAGAUUCCGAGGUCCGAGGUUAUGGAAAUACAUAAGAACUGCGAUCCCCUCGCUUCCAAAGAGAAGGUGGAGAAGGAAAGUAAGAAGGUUGUAGUGCUUAACUUUGGACCUGGCUAUAUGAAACAACCGUGGAAAUGGAGAAGCAGUGAAAACCAAAUCCACCGGGGUAUUACGUUAGUUUACGCCAAUGAUCAUCCGCACAAUCCUCGUCGUUUAAUAGUCCUCCUUUAUGCUAAGUUGGGCCUUCAUCGUUACAAUUGUGUCCAUGGGAAAGACUUGAAGCUCAGUAGCAUAUCUACAUACAUCAAGUCCUCGGGUGUUACUAGUGCUACCUCUUACCGCAUAACUUUCGAUGCCAAGGAUCCUCGAGAUACCAGUGGUUCCCUUCAAACUUUUCAAACUCAUGUUAAUGAAAGAACUUAUGGCAGCUUACUUUUGUCGUGCACUAUUGCUUGUCCUUUAGGUGAAGUUACCAUAGGUAGUGAAACCAAAAGAGUCAACUUGCAUUCUCUCAGGCCUGAGUUGCCGCCAGAGAAUCCUUUCCAAGAUGAUACAGACCGAUUUUACGUGCUGAAAAAAUCAGAGGUUAAAAAAAAUGACUGGAUUCGUCUGUAUUUGGAACUUGCAGUUGCCACAACUAAAAGGCACCAUAUAAAACACGGUGUGGCCAAUUUGAAGAUUCUGAGAGUGGCUCUGGACACUACACCAGACCCAUGUCGUCCCUCUGAAAAGGGACUUCACGCCUAUGAUGCAAUUUUCUACAUUAGGUACACAGACUCAUGCAAGGCUCGAGCUGGUGAGGAUGGCGAUCGCGUUGCUAUAGUCAGAAGAAUCUGGGAUGAGAAGCCGCAAGUCUUUAGAAUCGUGGGUCGCACUGAGAGCUUCAGAUCGUUAGGGAACGGUGAAUCCACCACGUCGCCUGGCUCGAAGGACGGGACAAUCUGACAUGAUGGUUUCGAUGUAAAUGGUGGAUCGUACUCAGAGCUCACAAACCUUGGAAGCUGGCUCGUCGUCUGCACUAGACUAGACCAAUUUGAAUAUGUGGAUCAGAAUAAUAAACCCAUCGUUGGUUGACCAAGUUAUUUGGUGCCUUAGGAUUGUUAUAUAUGUGGAUUUCUUUUUGUGAAACUUUGUGUAGUUUUUAAGUGUGUUGUUCUGCUUGAAUACUUUAACAUUGGUCGACUAAGUUAUUUGGUGCGUUCGGAUUGUUAAGUGGAUUGCUUUUUGUGCAA